AUGUCGUCUCCACCAUGGGACUACAUCGCUAAACUCGUCUGCAUCGGCGACUCGGGCUGCGGCAAAUCCUCCCUCACCAUCCGCCUCUGCGAAGGCCGCUUCUCCCCGCACCACGACGUGACAAUCGGCGUCGAGUUCGGCUCCCGCAUCGUCCCCGUCGGCCCCCCCAACACGCUUCCACCCCCUCCCCCGGCCCCGGAACCAAAGACGAACCCGGACGGCAGCGCAUCCUCCGCCGGCCUCCCCGAACCCCCGCGUAUUUCGGCCACCGCCGCAGACCAAGGGCCCCAGAAGCACAUGAAGCUCUCCCUCUGGGACACCGCCGGCCAGGAAACUUACAAAUCCGUCACGCGCUCCUACUUCCGCGGCGCCAGCGGCGCCCUCCUCGUCUUCGACCUCAGCCGCAAACAAACCUUCCAGCACGUGACCGACUGGCUCAACGACCUGCGCCAGAUCGCCGAGCCCGACAUUGUCGUCAUCCUCGUCGGCAACAAGGCCGACCUCACCCAGGGCGAGGACGGGGACGGCAACAACAAGCGCGAGGUGACAAAGGACGAGGCCGAGGAGUGGGCCAGGAGGAACGGCGUCUUCGAGUACGUCGAGACGAGCGCAAAGAGCGGCGAGAACGUCGAAAAGGCGUUUAUGCGCGUCGCCGAGAGGAUAUACAAUAACAUCCAGGCCGGGAAAUACGACCUCAAUGAUCGGAGGUCUGGCGUCAAGGGGCCGAGUGCGGGGGGCAAUAAGCAAGUGAGGAUAGGGGGCGACGCCAAUAAGGGCUCCGCCGGCGGCUGUUGUUAG